GCAACGUAAACAAAUCGGGUGUGUGUUGUUUCGCGUAAUAUUCGUCCAAUGCAGGAUUUCAGAAAAUAUUGCUAUUUGCUUCAAUAAAGCCAAAAUGAGUCAACUGGACGUGGACAAAAUAUGUCGUCUCUGUUGCGAAAAAAAGGGUCGUUUGCGAUCCUUGUUCGAGCAACGGCAAGAGUAUCCACUCUCUUUGCGGCAGAUGAUAUUCGAUGUAUCACGGCUAGAGGUCGAUCCCGAGGAUAGAAUGCCCCAGAAGGUUUGCAAAUGGUGCAUCACCACGCUGCUGAAAAUGCACGAAACAAUCGAAAAUUAUCGGACAAAUGAUUUAAAACUGAGAGAACUAUUAGGAGCAACGAUGCUGAUCGAAAUCAAACAGGAAGAGGAAGAGGUGGACAUGGAAUUGCUGGAGAAAGCACUUAAACAUAACUUAGAAGUUGAUGAUAUUUGUGUCAAACAAGAAGCUAUGUUGGAGGAAUAUAUUGACUCGGAAAGGCGCCGGGAAAGUGAAGUUACUGAUAAAAUGGACAAGACUGUUAUUACAAAUCUGAAUCCUCCCAAUAGCGAAAUCGAAAAAGAAACUGCCAUUGACAAGGAGGACGAUGAGUGGAAGCCUAUAAAAGAGGAUUCUAAAGAUAAGGUUCUCCCGGAGAAGAAAUCUCGCCUUAGAGCUAAAACAAAGCAUAAGAAGGAUGCGAAUAGCAAGCCGAAAUAUGGACGCCGUGGCAAGAAAGAUCCAAAUCGACCUCGAUUGCACGAUCACAAAUGUUACAUUUGCAAAAGUGAGUCACACGGAUCGGCCGAAGCAUUGAUUGCUCACCUGAACAGUAGUCAUAUGGAUCAAAUGCCGUACACUUGUCCGGAGUGUGUUAUGGAGACGGUUGUUAUUAAAACCGUUCAACGACUGAACGCGCAUAAGCGUCAGCAUUUAAAUCCGGAAAAAUGUCGAUAUUGCGACAAGCGGUACACCGACAAAAAUAAUCUAGCAUUCCACGUGCAGAUGCAUCACCAGAAUCAUUGCCCAUCGACUUGCGAACACUGUGGCGAAGUGUAUCCUACCAAGGCUUCGCUAUUGUAUCACAUGAAACUGCAUACCACUGCUGCGAGUUGUGAGAUUUGUGGUAAAGUUUUCAAGGAACGGCAAAAACUUCGCUUGCACAUUCAACGCCGUCACGAGAAGAUAAAAAAACAUGAGUGCAACAUUUGUAAGAAGAAACUCGGAUCGCUGGACAGUGUCCGGACACAUAUUAAAACAUACCAUUCGAAUCAGGUGUUCAAAUGCAGUUAUUGCCCGAAGACAUUUACCGCGGAGCUAACACAUCGAUGCCAUGAGAAGAAGCAUAUCGAAAAUCCAGACUAUGUAGCUACAAAGGAUUGGAGCGAAUACUACACCAUUGUCGAGGGGGAAGAAGGUAAGCCUGGUAUUAAAAUGAAGAAAUGCAACCUAUGCGGACUGGUUUGCACAACUAUGUCGGUUCAUCUAUCUAUGGUACAUUUUCCGACCGAGUAUCGAUGCAAAAUUUGUGGCGCUACGUUCAAACGUAAGCAAACCCAUGAUGUCCAUGUAUCAAAACAUGAUAAUAGUAACGCAUACCAAUGUCCCAUCUGUAACCGUGAAAUUUCCGACCGAAAGAAUCUGAUUGCCCAUCUUCGCACGAAGCAACACCGAGAUCAUCCACUGGCUCAGUCGCUGGAGUGGCUUGGAUAUAAUCCCGCAAAGGCGAGACCACGGAAGCCAAAAGAAGUGAUUGCUGAUACUCAGCAACAGGCGCAUAUUGAAGUAGAAGCUGGAAUAGAUGAUUCUUUGUGA